AUGAAUGAGUCUGCGUUCUCCUUCUUUAUCACUGGAUGGUUAAUUUUUAACCUCAUCAUUUUAGCUGCAAUAUGGAGCUGGCAACCAAACGAGUCAUUCGGCUCUGAGAAUCUCUUUCUUAGGACGAGGAAUUUUUUCAACGUCUUUCAAGCACAACCACAUCCCUACUACCAUGCUAUAGAACAGCUUGAGUGGAUAUCAGCCUUUUCUCACGAUAAGAGUGAUUUAUCUCUUGUCAAACCGCCAAAGAUUUUCUAUGACAGACGCCUAUUGUAUCAUCUCACUGAAUCCGAAGGAUGUCGUUACAAGUGUAACUACACUGAUUACCUUCAAGGUUUAGGCGCAGGUGACAUAGCUGUCUUUUCAGAGGCAUUCUACACAGUAGAGGCAGAAUAUCUAAAACGGCGAGGUGUUCUCAUUGCCUUCGAGUCAGUUGAGAGUCCUGUGCAUAUGCGAACAUUGACUCAAACCCAAAUGGAGCAGGUUGAUAUUUACGGUGGAAUGGGCAAGGAGACACCACCAGGACGAGAUCCUCUUCAAUGGAUCGCAGAGCAUUACAAGUUCUACCUGGCAUUUGAGAAUUCAAACUGCAGAUAUUACAUAACAGAGAAGGUGACUUUCAACGCUCUGAGAUACGGCAUGGUUCCAAUCGUUUUGGGUGCAUACAAGGAGGAUUAUGAGAGCAUCCUUCCACCUCACUCCUACAUCAACGUGGACGACUUUAAGUCCGCCAGCGAACUAGCCGAAUACCUACACUACUUGGAUAAAAAUGAUACUGCUUAUGCCGAAUAUUUCGCUUGGAAGGAACAUGGUGACAUUUAUGUUGACAAGAGGCUGGACUGUCGGCUGUGUGGUUUUAUGCAUCAACUUAACGCAGGUCUAGUCAAGUUGGGCAAUUACGCACCGCAACGCUUCAUGGAUCGUUGGAGUCUGUGCUUUUAUCGGGACCUGUUGCCAUUCGUGUGA